AAAUAUUUAUGUAAGUAACAUUUUUUCCCCCACGAAAUCCUGGCUCCGCCCCUGCUUAUGGGGAUGGGGAUGUUUGUUCCAGAUGAGUGUACGAGGUUCCUUUGAGAACAUCGCAGUAAAUCUCAACUAGGAAAAGACAUGGCGAUGAACUGGAACGCCAUUGACUCCUCAAGACAACCUGUCUUUGGACAUAUCUCCUCGCUCACAAUGUUGAGCUCUGUCUGGCUAUGACCUCCUUUGUGCUUAGCCUUCCAUCUUCCAUUAGUUCUUCCUUCUCAAAUUCAAACUUUCUUCCUCUGAUCAAACAUUCCAAGCUAAUUCCAAGCCACUGAGGACUUCUUCCAAUGGUUGACUCCUCCUUCGAGUUCGGGUACUCCUCGUCUGACCAGUCCCUGCGACUGCACUACCCCACCCCUGCCGCCUCCAGCUCCUUUACCCCCCUCAGCUCCCACCAGUACCUGUCCCCUAAUGGACACCUGAGGAACCGGAGAUCCCGCCAACCUCCCCCUGCAGCUGCAUUUGCCUCCGAUGACGACACAUCAUGGCAGAGCGAGGUGUCCUGGCAGUUCGAGCCGUCCGGGUGGCGGGAUGGCCGUGACCUGGGCGGGGCCUUGAGUCCCUGGCCAGCAGCCGCCACACCCUCCCGCAGUCGGAUCUUCAGGCGGACAGCUAAUGAAUACUAUAUGUCUCGGACUGCCUCUGGGCUCCGGAGCUUUGCUAACCCAUGCUAUGAGUACUCCGGGUACGGGGAAGUGCUCUCAGGGAGGCUCGAGCUCCAAAGCUUUGUGGGUAGAGGCUAUAAUAGUAACGGGAGUUCGUUUUCCGGGAAGGGCUAUGGGCAUGGAGAGAAUAGCAAGGUUAGCAGCAAUAAGGCCAGUGGGUCCUCCUCAGGUUUGGGAGCUAUCAAGGAGAGUGGUAAUGGAAAUGGAAGCGCUUUGCCUAAAAUAGAUGAACUAGGCAUCAUUGUUUAUGACACAAAGGAGCUCGAUGAUGUUGACACGGACCUCGUGGGUCCUCACAGGUCACACGCUCAUGACAACAAUGACUUUGGUGAUCAUGAACAUGACACUGCACAUGACCAUGGUCGUGGGCAUCAUCGUCACAGUCAAGGAGAACAUGGCCAUGUAAUGAAUUUUCACAAGACGCACAGAGAUACCAACACUGAUGAUAAUGACAGCAGCAAUGAUCACUAUGGUCAUUAUGAUGAUCUGUCCCGCGGCAUGCAUCAUCAUGGUCACCAUCGAGGUGAACAUGGCCAUCGUGAUCUGAGGAGCAAGGAGGGCUAUUUUGGCAAUGAUGCAUAUUAUAGUCAUGAUGAACAGAAUCACGAAAUUACUAGUCGAGUUCCUGUUCAACACAAAGAGCAUGAUUAUGGUGAUGAGCAUGAUGAUGACGACGACGAUGAUGGAGAUGGAAACGUUAAAACUAUUGGGUUACUUAGCCUAUUCAAGUACUCAACAAAGUGGGAUAUGGUUCUUGUGAUCUUGGGAUGUAUUGGAGCCUUAAUCAACGGGGGUUCUCUUCCUUGGUACUCUUACCUGUUUGGAAAUUUUGUAAACAAGAUUGCUCAGGAUAUCGGAGGGGAUCUAGACACGAUGAUGAAACAUAUAGAGAAGAUAUGUUUGUUUAUGACUGGACUAGUAGCACUGGUGGUGGUUGGAGCUUACCUGGAGAUAACAUGUUGGAGACUAGUCGGGGAGAGGGCAGCCCACAGGAUAAGGACUAAAUACCUGAGGGCAGUCCUCAGACAAGACAUUGGCUUCUUUGACAGGGAUGUCAGGACAAGCGACGUCAUGCACGGGAUAUCUAGUGAUGUUGCUCAAAUCCAAGAAGUUUUGGGAGAAAAGAUGGCGCACUUUGUUCACCAUGUGUUUACAUUCAUAUGCGGGUAUGUCGUUGGGUUCUUGAGGUCGUGGAAAGUGUCUCUGGUAGUUUUUUCAGUUACGCCGCUAAUGAUGUUCUGUGGGAUUGCUUACAAGGCUGUCUACGUCGGUUUGGCUUCAAAAGAGGAGGUAUCAUACAUGAAAGCCGGAAGCGUGGUGGAGCAAGCCAUCAGUUCCAUCAGGACUGUACUGUCAUUCGUUGCAGAGGAUAAUCUGGCAGCACGAUACAGUGAGCUAUUAGAGAGAUCAGUCCCUGUAGGGGCAAAGAUCGGUUUCGCCAAGGGUGCUGGGAUGGGAGUAAUCUACCUGGUGACAUACUCUACGUGGGCCCUGGCCUUCUGGUAUGGCUCAAUAUUGGUUGCCCGUGGAGAACUUAAUGGAGGAAAAGCCAUUGCCUGCUUCUUUGGUGUCAAUGUUGGGGGAAGGGGAUUGGCAAUGUCACUGUCCUACUUUGCUCAGUUCGCACAAGGUACGGUUGCAGCUGGUCGGGUGUUUAGUAUCAUAGAGAGAGUCCCAGAGAUCGACCCCUACAACCCCAGGGGUCAGACAAUCUCAACUGUCCGUGGGAGGAUCGAAUUCAGAGCUGUCAGUUUUGCAUACCCGUCCCGCCCGGAGGCUCUGGUUCUCCGGUCAUUGUCUCUGGUGAUUCCCUCCUCCAAGACCAUGGCACUGGUAGGGGCUAGUGGUGGGGGCAAGUCCACAAUAUUCGCUCUCAUUGAGAGGUUCUACGAUCCCGUCAAGGGGACAAUAACCUUGGACAGACAAGACCUGAAGUCUCUGCAAGUAAAGUGGCUGAGGAGCCAAAUAGGGAUGGUGGGUCAGGAGCCGGUGCUCUUUGCGACAAGUAUAAUAGAGAACGUGAUGAUGGGGAAGGAGAAUGCCACCAGGAAAGAGGUCAUGGCAGCGUGCAUUGCCGCCAAUGCGCAUGGUUUCAUCUCCUCCCUCCCUCAGGGCUAUAAUACUCAGGUCGGCGACAGAGGAGCUUUACUCUCAGGAGGCCAAAAGCAGAGGAUCGCCCUAGCGCGGGCCAUGAUAAAGGAUCCCAAAAUCCUCCUCUUAGAUGAGCCUACAAGCGCCCUCGACCCUGAAUCCGAGAUUGUAGUCCAGCAGGCAAUAGACAAGAUCUCAACGGGCCGGACCACCAUUGUGAUUGCUCACAGGCUUGCCACAGUCAGGAACUCCCAUGCCAUUGCUGUUCUUGAUCAGGGCUCAGUAGUUGAGAUCGGGGACCACCGCUCACUCUUGGAGAGAGGCGGAGCAUACCAUGACCUUGUGAAGCUGGCCUCAGAUACAAACCAUGAUAGGAGAUCCCCGAAACAACAGAGCACCCCUCAGAAGGGUGGAGGUAAUUUACCAUUAUAUGAGCAAUCGGUUCAUUACGGCCAUGAUGUUUCAAGAUCAAAGUACUAUAAAUCGACUCAAGAAGAACAUAGCAACAUGGUACUCGAGGAAGUAGAGCAAAAUCCAAUGAUGCGAAAUUACAAACUUUCUGAGGUGUGGAACUUACAGAAGCCUGAGAUGACUGUUCUCUUAGUUGGAUUUCUCUUAGGAAUGUUUGCUGGUGCAAUUCUGUCAGUGUUUCCCUUUCUUCUCGGUGAGGCCCUUCGGAUCUACUUUGAUAAGGACACUGAGAGGAUGAAGAGGCAAGUUGGCCAUCUCUGCUUAGCCCUUGUCGGGCUCGGGGUUGGGUGCAUACUCUCCAUGACAGGGCAGCAAGGAUUCUGUGGGUGGGCAGGCACUAGGCUUACAGCGCGGGUCCGAGACCUCUUGUUCCGCUCGAUCCUGAAGCAGGAGCCGGGUUGGUUUGACUUUGAGGACAACUCCACAGGAGUAUUGGUCUCAAGGCUGUCCACUGACUGCAUAAGUUUCCGGUCAGUCCUGGGGGAUCGGAUCUCGGUCAUGUUGAUGGGCAUAACUUCAGCUGCAGUCGGGCUCGGUGUCUCAUUUGUGCUGGAGUGGAGGCUUACCCUUUUGGCGGUGGCCCUGACUCCAUUCACCCUCGGGGCAAGCUACCUAAGCUUGAUCAUAAACAUUGGACCUAGGAUCGAUAACAAUGCCUAUGCAAAGGCCAGCAACAUAGCAGCUGGUGCAAUAUCGAACAUAAGGACAGUGACGACCUUCUCAGCUCAGGAGCAGCUCAUCAGGUCAUUUGACCAAGCAUUGUCUGAGCCGAGGAAGAAGUCAGCGAGAAGGUCCCAGAUUCUGGGCCUGACACUGGGGUUAUCUCAGGGGGCGAUGUACGGGGCCUACACCCUGACUCUGUGGUUUGGUGCGUAUCUUGUGAAGGAAGGUUACACGAGUUUUGGGGUGGUCUACAAGAUCUUCCUGAUCCUGGUCCUGAGCUCAUUCUCAGUUGGUCAGCUAGCAGGCCUGGCUCCAGACACAUCCCAGGCCAGUUCCGCCAUCCCUGCAGUGUUCGACAUCAUCAACCGGAGGCCACUCAUAGGGAGCGGUGGCAGGGAUCGGGGGAGGAAACUUGACAGGUCCAGGCCCUGGGACAUUGAGUUCCGGAAAGUGACCUUUGCAUACCCAUCAAGGCCGGAGGUGGUCGUCUUGAGGGAGUUCACUUUAAAGGUCAAGGAAGGGAGGGUGGUGGCGCUUGUUGGGGGCAGCGGGUCGGGAAAGUCGACAGUUGUUUGGUUGGUCCAAAGAUUCUAUGAUCCGAUCCAAGGAAAGGUGAUGAUGGGGAAGAUGGACUUGAGGGAGAUGAACUUGAAGUGGUUGAGGAGGCAAAUGGCUCUGGUGGGUCAGGAGCCUGCCCUCUUUGCUGGGAGCAUUAGGGAAAAUAUUGCCUUCGGGGACUCUAAUGCCUCUUGGAGUGAGAUCGAGGAGGCUGCGAAGGAGGCUUACAUUCACAAGUUCAUCAGUGGUCUACCACAGGGAUACGAGACCCAGGUUGGGGACAGCGGCGUCAUGCUGUCCGGAGGACAGAAGCAGAGGAUUGCCAUUGCACGAGCAAUACUGAAAAGAUCGAAAGUCCUCUUGCUAGAUGAAGCGAGCAGUGCCCUAGACCUGGAGUCAGAGAGGCAUGUUCAGGAUGCCUUGAGGAAGGUCUCCAGGCAGGCCACCACAAUCGUGGUUGCCCACCGGAUCUCCACCAUCCGGGAUGCCGACAUGAUCGCCGUUGUUAGGGAUGGGACAGUCACAGAGUUCGGGACCCAUGACUCACUCCUCGCCUCCCACGUUAACGGCCUUUAUGCCACCCUUGUCCGGGCCGAGAAUGAGGCCAAUGCAUUCGCUUGAGUCAUCUUUGGCACAUUCCUUUUCCCUAGUCAUAUAUAUAGUAUCCUGCCUCUCCCUAAGGACUUGUGUACACGGAAAAUCACAGAAGACAUGUCUUACGACUGGUGCUCCAGUAAAUUUCUGGGAAAUUCAUGUACUGAUCAUUGUAGUGAUAGGCCAGAAGGAGAAAGGAUGAAAAUGGGAAGUUCAAAACUUGGUCUUUAGUUCCCGAAAUUCAACUGUAAAAGUAAGCUGUGCCGUUACCUUAACUUCUGCAAGUUGAGGAGAUGCAAUGCUGAGCAUUUGCCUUGAACAUUUUUCCCACCAGCUUCAUGCCGAGAGGGAGAAGGCCCGAGAUGGAGAGCCAGGGCACAUGCAUAUACACAGGCCAAUCAGAGACCGGCUAUCUCGGGGAAAGAAACCGAUCGAAAAUCCAGUAUACCAGCAUGUGCCCUGCUUCUCCAUCCGGGUAUUGCCAUCUCCCUAGUACUUCCAUUUUCCGAGUUUCUCUCAUAGAGGACUUAGCUGUUGGUUUGUUUGAGAUUGAGAGGCUAAAUAUAUAGCUUUGCCCAUGGAGGAUUUGAAUGGAAGCUCCUCUGGAAAGGUGGCGAAGUAUGGAUCCCACUUUGAUAGAAAUGAUGGGAAGAAGGGGCUGGUGGGUGGGUGGUUGAUCUUAUGGGCUCUUCCAUAGAAUAAGGCCCUUCCUACUAUUAUAUGUUUCUCUCAUAAAGUGAUUCCUAAGAAUUUGGCUCAUCUCUGGUUCGCACAUGACCGCUGCAGCGAGCUGUUACGCAGCGGGGGAUCAAUUCCCGUCAUGAAUGGACCGAUCAGAUGUAUCCGGGCAUUUGUCUCCGGCAUAAUCAACCUGUUAGUUCUCGACCAGUUAUUUCAUGCAUCAUACAGCUUCCAAGUUAUUACACCAAUGACGGGAGACUCGUAACAAGAUAUAUGCAUAUGACAUUUAGGUGUUCCUGGACAAGUGGCAUGCGUGUGAUCUCACCCAAGAAACCGAGUGUCGUCUUUCGAUCGAUAAAGUGACUGUUGAAGUUUGGCAGCCAAAAAGGGAGGAGAAGGUUCAAGUUUUGCCAUUUUGGGCACGACUUAGAUUUUCGGGGAGUCCACCAAAUGCCAAAACAGGUAAAAUCAGACCAUGUUAGCUCAACAGAUACAAUAAUAUAAAUAAACAAUAAUCAUUGAGAGAUUUUCAUCAAAUAAAAACCAAAACAGGCUGGAAAUCAAUAGUAUGUGCUUUGGUGGAAGUUGAAUCCACUUUCUUGUACUAAAAAAGUGCAGUUGUUUGUUUCCAUUAAACUCAGGCUAUACAU